GUCUGAGGGUGGAUGUGACUGGCAGAUGGCAGGUGUCUGUCCAGCUCCUCUGAGUGCUGACCAUAGCGACAGAGCAGCAGUGCUUAAUGAGCUAUUACUGCUGCGACACCUGGCCCAGCUAGACACUUGGCUGUAUUUACAAGCAUUCCUGUGUCUGUCGCUUUACCUGGCUUUGCUAACAUGGGUGUAGAUUAAGAGCAGUAACUUUUUUCAAGUGCAGAGAGCCAAUGCACUACAUGUUGAAUGGACUGCACUUAACUUCGGCAACGUGUAUCCCGCCAAGGAGAGCUUAUUAAACCUGGUAUGCACCUACUAGAAACUCUCUGUGGAGAUCUUAAUGGAUUCCUGUGCGGAAGGGAAAUUCUCUCUUUCCUCAAGCUCCUGCCAGGGGAUGUUCAGUGGCUGCAGCAGCUCUUGUGAAUUUGUUUGAGAAGGUGCAGCUGCUUUGUGGUGCUAGCAAACCAGAGUAAAACCCUGAGCCUUUGAAAUGAGAGUAGUGUGUGCAGAAUGAUAACCUUUGUCCUUCAACUGGGCUGCCAGCGUGAGGUCUGUAAACAGCAGGCAGCAGAGAGCAAACUGGCUUCAGAGCAGAAAGUAAGGAUGAGAAAGGACAUGUAUACGGUAAAUCUCUUCUCUGGGAUGGGGUUUGGAAACUGGGGAGUUUUGGGAAGCUUCUGAUGUUAAAGAGAUAUGAAUUAAGUUGGCUGCAGGCAAUACACUGGCCCUGGUGCCCUCUGCCAGUUGUUGGGAAGAGACCAUCAUAUGUCCCGUUUUUAAUUUUUUUUCUCUCCCCUAUGUGAAUUUUUGAACAAAUGGGGAAAAAUGGAACAGCAGCUCUUUGAUGUGCUCUAUGAGUAAGUAGGUAACAGUUCCCACACCUGUAAUUCAGUUGGUGAAGUCCCCUUUAACGGCUGGGCUGGAGCUGUUUGGUCUGUUCUUGCACUGAUGAAAAUAGUUUUAAAAAGUAAUUGGGAUUUACUGUGUAAUUUCUGAAUAAGAACAGGUGUUGCUGUGGAUGAGCUUAGCAGCACAGGCACCGAUAACUCAAAUCUCUCUGGUAGAAAAUAGUUUAGAUGCAGAAACCAGUAUUUUUCUUGUGAUAAAUCCAUGUUGACAAAGAUGCUGAGCAGUGUUAACAAGUUAGCUCCUGCAUCAAGACAUGAGCAAGAACAAAAUCUAGCUGAACUGCUGAUUCCUUUCUCUCCAGAGCAGCGUUGGAAUCUUAGAAGAUGGCCACUUUAGAGUAAUGAUUCCUACCCUGCAAGUUUUCUGCUGAGGCACUUUGGGGCAGUGACUGUCUUUGUUGUGUGUUUGUCCAGUGCCUAGCACAAUGGGACCCUGCUCCCUGACUUGGGGCUCUUGGGUGCUACCACGAUGCAGGCAGUAGGUGAUAAUCCUGAAUGGAAACAAAUGGUUCCUGUACUAAAAACUGGUCUUUGCUACAGUUGUAAUCUCUUGUUAAAUCUCCUCACCUAGUAAUAGCCCUGCAAACUGUAGGAGAGAGACUGGCUGAAUGUGGUGGAGCUGCCCCUGCACUCGAAGAAUUGAGAUGGAUGCCAUCCGGACCCUGAACACCCUCCAGACCAACGCCAAUUACCUGGAGCAGGUGAAGCGGGAGCGAGGAGACCCCCAGGUGCAGCUGGAAGCCAUGAAAGGCUUCUUGGAGCGAAGUGGGUUAAAGGUCGAAGACCUGGAUCAACUGAACAUUAUCCACGUAACUGGGACAAAGGGCAAGGGCUCGACAUGUGCCUUCACGGAGCGCAUCCUCCGCAACUACGGCCUGAAGACGGGCUUCUACAGCUCUCCCCACCUGGUCCAGGUGCGUGAGAGGAUCCGCAUCAACGGGCAGCCGAUCAGCAAGGAGCUGUUCAGCAAGUACUUCUGGCAGGUGUAUAACCGGCUGGAGGAGACCAAGGACCCCGGCCAUGCCAGCAUGCCCGCCUACUUCCGCUUCCUCACCAUCAUGGCCUUUCACGUCUUCCUGCAGGAAAAGGUGGAUCUGGCUGUGGUGGAAGUUGGCAUUGGAGGUGCCUACGACUGCACCAACAUCAUCAGGAAGCCAAUCGUUUGCGGGGUCUCCUCUCUGGGGAUCGACCACACCAGCAUCCUGGGGGACACCAUUGAGAAAAUCGCAUGGCAGAAAGGGGGCAUCUUCAAGCCUGGUGUGCCGGCAUUCACAGUGCCCCAGCCUGAGCGGCCCCUGGAGGUGCUGAGGGAGCGAGCCAGGGAGAGCCCGUGCCCUCUGUACCUGUGCCCUGACUUGGAUGCCUUUGAAGAGGACGAUAAGGCACUUCAGCUGGGGCUGGCGGGCGAGCACCAGCGAUCCAAUGCCACUCUGGCCCUGCAGCUCUCCCGGGCCUGGCUGCAGCAGCAGGGAUAUCAGGGUACUGGGGAGCUGAAGGACUUGCAGGCAGGUGUGGAGCUACUAGGCAAGAGACCUGUGCCCCUGGCACCUGCAUUCAGGCCCAGCAGCUCCAUGGUGCAAGGUUUACAGGACACGGAGUGGCUGGGCCGCAACCAGGUGCUGCAGCAUGGGCCGGUGACGUGGUACAUCGACGGGGCUCACACAACCAGCAGCGUGCAGGCAUGCGUGCGCUGGUUCCGCCAGGCAGCCCUCAACGAGGAGAAGCCUGUGGACGGCUCUGAGGUCCGGGUGCUUCUCUUCAAUGCCACGGGGGACCGGGACACAGCUGCUCUGCUCAAGCUGCUGCUGCCAUGCCGGUUUGACUACGCCGUCUUCUGCCCCAACUUCACGGAGGUGUCUGUGGUAGGGAACGCAGACCAACAGAACUUCAACGUCACCCUGGAGAACAUGCUGACCCGCUGCCUGGAGAACCAGAAGAAGUGGAACCGGCUGAUGGAGGAGAAGGUGGGGCAGGACCUCUGGCUGUCUCCCCCCAUGCAUGUGGAGGGGGUGGGCGGCCGGCUGAAGCCAGACCCCUUGCGCGGCCCCCUGCUCUUCGUGCCCUCCUCCGAGCGCCCUCUCAACUCCAACUCGCUGGUGUUCCCCUGCAUCUCUCACGCCCUGCAGUGGAUCACCCAGGGCAGGGACCCACACUUCCAGGCGCCCGCCACCAAGGGGCUCCACCUGCACCCCGUGGCAGGCACCGGCGCUGUCUUGCUCAAGGAAGCGGCUGCCAUCCGCGUGCUGGUCACGGGAAGCCUGCACCUGGUGGGCGGUGUCUUGAAGCUGCUCGACCAAUCACUUUCGCAGUAGUGGGUGCCUGUGGGCGGGGCCUCCGUGCCGCUCUUUGCUGUUUACUUGAAUAUUCCCAGGUACCUUUUACCAGGUGGUCCCUGAGCCCACUGCCCCCCCAAGGUGGGGCUGGGCACUGCCCGUGCUGCUGGGAUUCUCGUGCUGAGCCCUUCGCGGCGGCUGGAUCCACCCCUAGGACUGGGAUUGGUGCGGCCAGGGCCCAUGCCCCAGCACCGGGAUCUCAUGCUGAGCCCUCACGGCAGUGCCAUCCGCACCCUGGCACCAGCACUCUCACGUUCAACCUCACCCCACCUCCCUGCAGCAGGAUCAUUAGUGCCAGGAUUUGGUCACUGCCCUCAUGCUGGCGUCCCUAUUGCCUGGGCUGAUGGGCACCUUCCCUGCAGGCCCGGGGAACCUGGGGUGAGGACCCAGCAGCUGAUCUCAGCCUGCAGGGACUGGCUGCACUGUACAUUUCCCUGAUGUUUCACGGUCCCUGGCCUGGCCAAGCAGAGACAGGCGGGAAGCUCUUGCUUGGGCCGGUUUGGAAUUCCUGCUCUCUGCCCUUGUGUUGCCGUCUCCCUACCCGAGUCUCUGGGUCCCACGGGGGGGCUGAGGAGGGCAGUGUUCAUCUACCAUGGCGAGGCCGUCCCCUGCCAGGCAUUCAGAGGGAGGCGUGAGCAUCGGGGCAGACGCCCAACUGAGCAUCAGCAUCCCUUGGCUGGGGCAUUGCCUUCACUGGGAGCUGCCUCAGCCCCCCGCUGAAUGAGUCCCGUCCCCCCUGCCCUGGUGCCUUUGUUUCCUCCCUGGCAUCUGUCCGGUGCGCGGUCCAGGGAUGGGUUUGAGUCUCGCUACUUCAGGCCCUUCUGGCUCCUCUGUGGCUGGACACGCCCUGGCUGACUGUAGCCAGGUCCUGCCACCUGUGUGUGGAAUUGGCUCCGGAAGCUCUGGCUGGGUGCUUGUCAGAGGUCAUUAGUGCUGGGGUGUGUCUGGCUCGGGGUCCGGUUGGAACUGCCUGUAAUUGAAAGGCAGGAGUGUGGUGGGAGCCGUGCGCCAGGCGCAGAGCCGCAAGUCAUGUUGUAGGAUGAGAUCCAGGCACUGUAGCGCCAAGGAGUCUCUCACGGUGCCCCAAUGUGUGAGCUUCUCGCAGGCCAAUGCCAGGGCAGUGGGGUCCAUGGGCACCAGCGCCAGUGUUGUGUAGGCAGGUCGGCCCUGAGUGCAGAGGGGCCUUAUGCAGGAAUUGUCCCCCCUCCGGUGCAGAGAUCUGUGCACUGGGGCUGAGACUCCUGCCUCUCUCCAGUGCUGGGCAGCGGGAUGCGAGGGCUCUUUGCAUGCCAUGUGCAAAGUGGGUGAUUUCCGACCCCACCUCCCCUGACCUGCUCUUAGUGCCCAGGUGGGCCGGGCGGCAGGCUGGGCUCACUCUCUGCUGGACAGUAACUAUGAAUGACUGGUGGGCAGGGCAUAUGGGUCUGGAGGUCAGGAAGCCCUGACAGCUGAGGAGCUGGGCUGCUUUCUGGACUGUAUGCAGUUCUCGUGGAGUUUGUGCUGGCGACUGGCCCGCUGCCCAGGUCGCUUUCAGGGUGACAGCUUCAUCGCCCAGCAGUGUCUGGGCAAACACUGGGUGCUGGGAAUCGGGCUGAUCUCUCAGGCUGAGCUGCGAGGGAGCCUUGUUGAGCAGGGACUUCAGGAAGCACCUGUCUGGAGAAGCCGAGUCCCUCAGGCGCAAGGGCUGUGGAAACUGGUUCCCAGCCCCAAGGCCGUGAGUUGCCUGGUGUCGUCACAGCUCAGCCAGCGUCUCUUACUGUCCUCUGGGGGUGCGCUCCUUGGAGAAACCCCCUGAGACCUGCACCAGGCCAGGCAGCGAGCUAGCCGCCCCCGCUCGAAAAACCAGCCAGGCUGGGGCAAGCAUGUUCCCAGAGAUCAGUGCUUGAAAGCCACUUGUGAGCAGGGCAGCCUUUAGGGGGUGUUUGGGGGGCUGGGGGGAUGCUCUUGCAAAGGUCUUGGUUGCACUACAUGGUCUCUGUGCUCACUGGAGUGCCCAGAUGCAUGGUAUGGUCAGGAUGUGCCAGGCUCUGCUCACACCAGAGUACCAGCUGUGCCAGCCCAGCCCUGUCCUGACCCAGUGAUUAAUAGCCACCUCUCUGCUGUAUCUCUGUAUUCAGAUUUCUGAUGCCCAGUGUUCAGGCAUUGGCUGGUCCCCUCCGCACAUAGGCCAUGCUGGGGGGUUGGGGUUUGAACCCCAUCCUCGAACGCAUGCGGUGCCGGGGUUCUUGGGCAGGCAGUGGGGGGUCUGGGCCAUCUAGCUGGCAAGUGUCUGUCCUUCCCCUUCCCCCCUUUACUGCCCCAGUGCCUGUUUCUGUGUCUGCUGAAGGCAGCCUGGGAUGUGACCUGGCUGAGUCUCGUGGCGUGUGUCUGAUGCCCUAACCCCUUCCCAGUGAGGGGGAUUCAGGGGUUGACUUGGGUAAAUCUCAAACUGCUGAAAGCUUGGGCCCAGCAUGUUCCCCUCUCAGCAAACCCAACGGACUGCCUGCCUGUGGCCCAGCCACUCCAUGUGGUGGUCCAGGUGACGGAAUAAUGCUGCUGCUGCCUGAUCCACGGACCUCCUAGCGGAACCUCCUGUGCAACUGGUCUAGCAACAGAUGCCUGACCCGUGGCCUGCUGCAUGGGGCCCCUCUCCCGGGAGCUGGGCUACGACGCCGGCUCUGGCAGUGCAGACGGGGAGAAGCCUGCUGGGCCCCUCUGUGCUGCCACAGAGCUGUGCUUUGGCGCAGUGGCCCCUCCGGGCCCUGCUGUGAUACAGAGGCUCAUUGGAGCCAGACCCACCUCUAGUUGUAGCCUGGAGAUUGUGGGUUCAAGCAGGAAGGGAGGUUGGAAGUCGCUCCCCGUGUCCAGCCUCAGAUGAUGUUUAAAGACUAAAUGUUACUGAGUCUCCAAUAAUUUAACUAGCAACAGGGUUUUUAUUAAAUCUUCUGUAACUUGAAAUAAUAUUGAUUACAUUUCCUGAUUGCUUUCUGGGAGAUUAGAGUUUUGAAAGUGAAGCAAUGGUGCUGCUGUUCCAUGAGUGUCCGCUCCAUUGGCCUGUUGUGUAAAUAAACAUCAUGCUCAUUGUA